UACACCUGUGAGAGUUGAGAGUGGCAGAACAUGCUGUGGUUACUGGAAAGAAUGACGGCUGCUGCUAACUGGCUUUAAAACAGGCUGCAGGGCUGACUAGCCACACACACACACACUGGAAUACAGGUGGAAGCAGAUGACCAGACUCGGGCAUGAAUAGAGGUCCUUCUCUGUAUGCUGUGGAACCCUGAAGGAGACUAGACAGUACUUCAUUGAAGCAGAGUCCCCAGAAGGCUUUAGCAAGUGUCAAAAUACAAGAUGAGCUGUGAAACUGAAGAAAGGUUACCAAGUGAUGAGCUGGAGUGCAAAAUUUGUUACCAACGGUAUAACGUGCACAACCGGAAACCCAAAAUCCUGGACUGCCUUCAUAGGGUAUGCGCAAGAUGUCUGAACAAGAUACUGGACAUAGGCGAUGGCUGCCACUGCAUCAGCUGUCCCUUUUGUCGCCAUGAAACAGAGGUGACGGAAUACGAGGUGGCCGGACUUCCGGAUGACAUGAACAUCAUGUCCAAACUGGCCACCAGAGACAAAUCAUGGAGCUCGGACAGCAAAGAGGUGGUCCUAACACCCAAAAGCCUGGCUUCAUCCAGCCCUUCUCAUGGAUCCUCCAACUGCUUAGUUAUCACAAUCAUGGAAGUACAGAGGGACUCCCCUAGGACUCCCAGCAGAAACUCAAGCUCUGAUUACUAUGCAGAUCACAGUUUGGAUUCUAUAUCAGUGACUUCUCAUAAUCAAAUAGACCAAGACCUUUUCUCAAAGCUGUGUAACCAUGUGCCCAGAAUACUGGUUUGGCUGCUAGGUUUCUUCUACUUUGGCUCUCUGCCACUUGGGAUUUACCUGCUGGUGAUUCAGAAAGUGACCUUGGGGAUUGUGUGUGUCAGUCUUGUUCCUUCCAGUCUGACGGUUUGUUUGGUUUAUGGGUUUUGCCAGUGCCUGUGCCAAGGGAUGUGUGACUGUUCAUCAAGAAGCUGACAUGUGCUAUCUAACGUGGAGGUGAUUUUGUCAGCUCUGUCAGACCCCAGACUCCCAGCAAGGGAAUAAUUACAGUUAAAACUGAUCUAUCCAGGCAGCAAGGGAACAGAACAUUUGUGGCGAGAUGCUUCUGUCAUUCACUUGUUUUAAAACAAACAAUUAAAAACGUUCUUUUUUUUUACUGGCUGGUAAGAGCAGUUUUACUGGAAUUCUAUUAACAAAAUGCAACCAUUAUUAGGCAUAAUUUGAAUUCCAUUCAAAUUCUAAUCCAAUGCCUUCUGCAAAGUAUAUUUUAUAAUGAAAUACAUUUUUAACAUUCAACAGCUUCAUUUGAUGAACAGUUUCCAGCUUGUCCCAUGGUAGUAUCUGAUUUCUGGGUUGCUGUAAUAAUCUCAUAACCAUGUGACUUACAGGAUGCACAUCAACAUGGCCGCUGGGAGUUCUUGUCCAAUCACUGUCUGUUGCUAUACCACCUUGGAGCCUAGGGGGCACUGUUCUGCAGGAGGUGCAGUUCUUCAAAUGAGAUGCUAAACUGCCUUGCUGUCUACUUUAGACACUGAAGACCCCUUUCACUUAUUUCAAAGAAGGGCAGUGAUGUUCAAACGGUGGGAUGGAUCCAUUUCGAUACAGGUCCAUACAAAGUUAAUUCUGAAAACAAUGUUAGACCUAAAUGUCAUUCGAUAAGCAAAUGAGGUAUAUUUAAAUACCUGCAAAAAUGUGUGACGACAUACAGGCAGACUUUUGUACAGACAGAGAAAAACCUCCACAUAUACUCAAAAUCUUGAGCUUAAUAAUGUUAAUACAAAAUGUCAUCACCCUUGGAUAAGCAGAUUUCAAGAUAUGGACAGAUGGACAUACGGACCAUCUCUAUUUCUUCUUACCAGGGAUUUCUAGUCCUGCAGAGGACAAUAAAUGCUUUAGUGUCCUAUUAAACAUUAUUUUGCCUAUCAGUGGAUCAUGAUUAAUUGACUCUCUUGAUUAUAGCAACCAAGAAAUCACGUAUGCCUCAAACUAAACACUGUUAGUGCUUUCAUAUACUUUC